UGCAGCCACAAUCAGGUAGUCUACAAAGCCCAGGAACUCCUAGACGUGGAGUGGGCCUAGGGCCACCGAAUUUUGGAAAUGGUAUGUAUAGUCCAAGCACUGGUGGGGGUAUGGAUUCACGUGAAUCCGGAUUUUUAGCGAAGUUGAAUACUUUAUCACGUUCAAGAAGACGGAAACAAGAAGCUGAAGAGUUGGCAGCUGAAGCACGGCAGGCUAUGGAAGAUCCACUACUUCCAGCUCCAAUUGAUCUUGGUAUCGAUGGAUGUCAGCUCGCGGAAGGUGAAGAGCGCUCUAUGAUUGAACCUCAGUCGAAGGAACAUCCGUUAGUUCAAGAGUUGUCACGUUCACUUAUUGAAUGGAUAAAUACAGAACUUGUAGAUGAUAGGAUAUUGGUGCGUGAUUUAGAAGCAGAUUUAUUCGAUGGACAAGUACUACAGAAGUUAAUCGAAAAGUUGUUAGGUAUUAAAAUCAAUCAUCCAGAAGUAGCUCAAACUGAAAUAGGACAAAAGCAACGUCUAAAAAUUGUACUUGAUGAAAUCAAUUCUGCUUUGGGCAUAUCACCUAUUCGUGCUGCUCAACUUUGGCCUGUUACUGCUGUUUAUGAACGAGAUCUAGUGGCUAUAUUACGUUUAUUGGUUGCAUUAGUUCGUAGAUUUGCUCCAAUUAUAACAAUACCACGUAAAGUUCAACUUACAGUUUUAAUUGUGCGCAAAAUUAACGGAAUUUUACAACAUCGACGUCAAAUUGAACCAGUUACAGAUGUUGGAGAUGAACAAGAUAAUGCUGAGACUGAUCAUGAUGCUAUAAGUGCAUUAGUUGAUUGUGCAGUACCUGAAAAACUUGCUUCUUUUCAACAAACUUUAAAAACAUUUGUAAAUCGUCAUUUGAAUAAGCUUAACUUGCAUGUAAAUGACUUAGAAACUGAGAUGGAUGAUGGUGUCUACUUCAUUUUAUUGCUUGGUCUACUUGGCAAUUAUUUCGUUCCUCUGCAUGCUUAUCACAUCACGCCUAUAACAGAUUCACAGAAAUUGGCUAAUCUUCAAGCAGCUUUUCAGCUGGCUCAAGAUGUUGAAGGCAUUGAUUUAGAGUAUAAUCAACCAGAAAGUGUAUUACGCCAUGAUUUAAAAGCAACGCUACGUCUACUGUAUACAUUAUAUACGCGUUAUGGGGAUAAGGAAUAAACAAUGAAAGGCAACUAGUCGGGUUUAUGAAUCUAACUUACUAAUAAAUAAAAUACUUGCCUUUUGCUAUCUUUUUAUUUUGAAAUUCUAUGGCAUUUAUUAUUGAUUAUCUUCAACUCAUUUAAUCUAUUUGCAUUUACCCUCAAAAUCAAUUAAUGAUCACUUACUAGUAUAUUUUGAUUUGAAGUUUAUGUUUUUUCUUUUUCUUUUGGUCUAUUUCUAACUAACGAAUUUUGAACGUAUCUGCUAUUAACACGAAAGUGAAUAUGACCUUUUUUAAAAAUUGCCUAUGUAUCUUUUAUUCGCUAUCACUACAUUAUUAAUAAUAAUAUCUGUAUACUUUUAAAGACGAAUUGCUGAAUUGAUGUGAAGGGAGGUCUGUGCAAAGGUACUUGAAAAAUAGACAUACAGUUGGAAAAUUCUGCUAACUUUCUGAAUAAAUAACAUUUUUCUGUACGCAAAACUUUAUUUCUUGCCUUAUUUUAAUCUAAGUAAAAAGGAAAGUGUUGGGCUUUCU